AUGGAGCAAAUAAAAGAGAAUAGUAUAUCAAGUAAAUUUUUUAAUACAUAUAUUUUUAACAUAUUUUUUUACAAAUAUUUUCUUUUUGAUAAAUUAAUUUUGGAACAAAUGAAUCAAAUAAAUGAAAAUAUAAAGAAAAAUAAAUUUUCUAUAAUACUUGGUGAUCAAAUAUAUGAAAUAUGUACAGAAUUAAGAAUUAAAGGGAAAGAAUUAGAAAAAACAAAUAAAGAUGAUUUAGAUAAAUUUUUUUCUUCAAUUCGUCUUGCUUCUUGUCGUGAAGAUGGGGAACUUGGAUUACCUUGUAGAAUUAAAAUUCUGGAAUUAUUAGAAAUUCGUUUAAUGGGGUGGAGAAAUAAUUUAUCACAUGCCCGUUAUUAUGCAAGAAAAGAACGUGAAUUGGAAGAAUUAAAAAAUGAAGAUUUAUUUAGUACAUUUCAGUCAAAAACCAAUUCUUGUACAUCAUCAACUAAUUCAAUUUCACCAAAAUUUAUGAAUAAUAAUAACGAGAUUAAUAAUUUAUAUUCAAAACAAAAUUUUGUGUCAAAUAAAAAUUCCCCCCAAUCACCACCAUCACAACAACAAAGACCACUUUCAAUAGAUAAUUCUGCUUCUGAUAUUCAAUCACCAAUUCCAUUAUUUCCAGCUCAAUUCAAUAUUCCACCUCCCUCACUUCCACCACCAACUUGUUUGAUUGAUCCAACAGUUGACAAUAAUACAGGAAUGGCUAGACCAGCAAGCUUUUUCUUCAUUCCAUCCCAAACCGGCACAUUUGUUCCUGUCCCUCCAGCUAUUACUGGAUUUAAUCUAACAGAGAAUUUAGGAAUGUUUUCUUCGCCUCCACCACCAUUUAAAUUUAUUCCUCCAAACUUUUAUAAAGAAAAUAAUUCAUUAAACAAUACAAAUAGGAAUAUCAAUGUGGCAGAAUAUGGAGUGUCUGAAUUUGAAUUAUUACAGCCAAAAAUUAAAUCAACUCCAAAUCUUUUCCGAGAAGAGAUUCAAAUUCGGAAUUCUGAUUCUGGAAAAGUAAUGGGAGUAAAAGGUCGUCGUGUGGCAUUAAUAGAAGAACUUAGUAAUACAGUUAUAAGUUUCCAAAAAGUGGAUCCAAAAUGUCAAAGUCGUCAAUUAACAAUAAUUGCCGAGGCACAAAAUGCAAUAGAAAAUGCAAAAUCUUUAAUUGCCGAAACUAUUGAACGAAAUAUUUCACCAAAUAGAAAAGCAUUCAAACAUGAAGAAGACAAAAUAAUUUCAAUUCCACAGGAAGAUAAGAAAAAUAAGAUGAUUAAUAAAGAACAGUUUAAAAUUAUAAGAGAGAAUGAGGGUUCUUUAAAAAUUGCCUCUAAUGAUGCUGCUCUUUUAAAUUUAGCUCAAGAAGCAGUUAACGAAUGUCUUAAACAAAUCUCUGUUAAAGCAAUAACAACAAAUAAAAGUUCUCAAAACCAAAUGGAAGACAAAGAAAUAAAAUCAAAUUCAGAGACAACACCGAGCAAUAAGGAGAGCAAAUAUGUAUAUGACAGAGAUGCAAUGAUGGAAAUCAGAAAAAUAGUGCAAAAUAGUCCUUCAAUUAUGGCUGAAGCUAGUCAACAAUUACUUAAUGAUUUGGAUAUUCUUUGUUUAUAA